AUGCUUGCUGUUCAUUAUUACCUCCUGUUCAAUGGCUCUGAUGGGUCCUGGAAUCAUAUGAAGACAUUGUACAUGGAGGAAUCAUCUUUCAGCUUCUUAGGGAAUGUGUGUGUCCAGCAAAGUGUCAUAUUUGAUACUCUGUCAACUAUAAGAAACAAGUUGAAAGGUGAUCAGCCCGGUGGGGGAAUUGUUCAUGUUGUUGAGAAGAUACAUUAUGGUGCAAAUGGGGAAAGAGAGAUCACUGUUCGUGUGUUCGGACCAUUCAUUGUGGGCAACCAAUUUCUAGUACUUGGUGAAGGGCUGCAAGCCGAAGGGAUGCCCAGCCUGGACGAACUCACGGUUGACAUUCCAAGAAUUCGGGUAGGUCAGUUCCGGGAGCAGUUCAUCAUGCAGCCAGGGAUUUCCAUGGAAUGCUAUUACAUAUCAAGACAAGAUCUCUACAUCAUCCAGUCCUAG